AUGGAAUCUGUGUGCAAUGACGAUGACUGCGAUCGUGCUGAUUCGGCAGAGGAAGACCUAAUGAAUUGGGCCUUGCGUCCUUUUCUACAGAUCUUCUCCCAGGCUCAGCCCACAUUGUCGAAUCGACUUCGUUUCACGCUUCGAGAUUACCUCUUCCCAGAAACGUAUCGCUACUUACUCUAUGUGGUCAACGAGCGACUGGAACCUCGCUUCGAUUUUGAAGUUCCAAGGCAACCGCGGGCAAACGGCGUGGCCCUUGGUGACUUUACCUUAUACCCGAAAUGGCGCGUGUUCAGCCCAGCAGAGAUAGAAAUUUGCGUCUCCAAUCACAGUGAAGCUUGUUCUAAACUUCCAAGGAAGGUGCUCGCUGGAGGUGCCACGUGCUUUUUCAAACUGCUUGAUUACGAUGAUACGAGGGCCGCCAUCCGUGAACUGGCGAUAUACAAGCAAAUGGAGAUCUCAGGCCUGAGUGAUAAAGUGCAAGUUCCUCGCUUGAUCGGCGUGGUUCAGGAUGAACAAGGAUCCUAUAUCAUUGGGAUUUUAUUAUCUUGGGUAAACUGCAGAAACAGAACUUUGGAAUGCUCACUGGGUCCUGAAACUCCGUCGACGCUGCGGAGAAAGUGGGAUAUGCAAGUGACAACGACUUUGGCUUGUUUGCAUGAAGCUCAUAUUAUAUGGGGGGAUGCGAAGGCAGCAAACAUUUUGAUUGAUGUCAACGACGAUGCCUGGAUUAUCGAUUUUGGUGGUGGAUACACGCGAGGGUGGGUUGGAAAGGAUGAAAUGGAGACUGUCCAAGGUGACAAAGAAGGGCUUUCCAAGAUAAAGCAAUUCCUCUAUGGGGAAAAGUCUGUAUGA